AUGAACAUUCAACUGGCUAUUCAAAGUAGAACGUGGAGAAGGAGAGCACGAAAGCCGUCUUCACCAAUAGUACCUAACAAGCUAACCCGGGAAAAUGCAGAGGAACAGAAUAAAGGUGAGUCUGAACCAGUGGCUGGCAGGAAAGGGAAGAGGAAGGCAGUGAACAAAACGUUGACAAAAAAGAGAGUGGUUGAUAGUAUGGGCAGUAGUGGGGGGCUAGCCAUGAUGUGGAAAAACAACCUUGAGGUUCAAUUGAUAAGCUUCACUAGAUGGCAUAUAAGCGUGAUGAUAGCUGAUAAAAGACACAAUACCUCUUGGAUGCUCACUGGUUUUUAUGGCCAUCCUGUCACAUCCAAAAGGAAACUUAGUUGGAACUUACUCAGAGAACUAAAGCCUUCCCAGGGAAUCCCAUGGCUUUGCAUUGGUGACUUUAAUGAGAUACUUUACCAAAAAGAAAAAUUAUUCUCCACCUCUAGUCCUUCUGAAUUCACUACUUGUCUCCAAAGUAUGGACAAAAAAGUCACCAAUGCCAUGAACAACAAACUCCUGCUCAAGUUUACUGAGGAGGAGGUCCAUGAUGCUGUCUCACAUAUGAAUGCAUUGGGAUCCCCAAGCCCUGAUGGUUUCCUAGCCCACUUUUACCAAAAUCACUGGGAAAGCAUUGGAAAUGAGACUAGUAAUUUUGUUCUUAAAAUCUUGAACCAGGGAGACUCUUUAAAAGGGGUCAAUGAUACUUUCAUCACUCUGAUCCCAAAGGUUAAGGACCCCAAAACAGUUUUUGAGUUUAGGCCAAUCAGCUUGUAUAAUGUUAGUUAUAAAAUUGUAGCUAAAGUUCUGGCCAAUCGGCUGAAAUUAAUCCUUCCUGACAUCAUCUCUUUGAACCAAAGUGCUUUUGUUCCAGGAAGACUCAUAACUGACAAUGUAGUUGCAGCAUAUGAGACAUUCCACACAAUGAACUCUAAGAUCAAAGGCAAAGCUGGUUUCAUGGCCCUCAAGCUUGACAUGAGUAAAGCUUAUGAUAGAGUGGAGUGGAGCUUUCUAUGGGCAGUGAUGGAAAAGAUGGGUUUUGCAUCUCAAUGGAUCUCCCUCAUCAUGAACUAUGGUAGUCUUCUACUCCGCAAGGCAAACUCACUAGAGUGGUGUAGAGUGCUUCAUAUUCUAGAAACUUAUGAAAUUGCAUCAGGACAGAUGCUCAACAAAGAUAAAACCUCAAUCUUCUUCAGUAGGAAUAACCCCAAGGACAUCCAGAGAAAUAUUAUCCAGAUUUUAGGGAUCAAGUCUUCAGGCUCUUUUGAAAAGUAUUUGGGCUUACCAACCCUCCUUGGGAGGUCGAAAGUUGCUGCUUUCCACUCUUUACUAGACAGGAUUUGGUCCAGGAUUACAAACUGGAAGACCAAGUGGCUUUCAGCAAUAGGCAAAGAAGUCCUCCUUAAGGCUGUGCUCCAAGCCAUACCAACCUACACUAUGGGUAUAUUCCUCCUCCCUAUGUCCAUUUCAAACAAGGUCAACAAGCUCAUGAAGAAAUUCUGGUGCGGUUUUAAUGAGGAUCACUCAAAAAUGCAAUGGUUGAAAUGGGAUAAGCUGAACCAAGGUAAGACUAAAGGGGCCCUGGGUUUUAGAGACUUCAAAAGCUUUAAUACAGCCAUGUUGGCCAAACAAGGGUGGCAGAUUCUUAAAUCACCACAAUCCCUACCUGCUCAAAUACUAAAACAGAAAUAUUUUCCAGAUGGGAACUUCUUAGGAGCCAAACUGGGUUUAUAG